AUGUCUAAUCUUCCCGAACUGCAAUACACCUCGCUGGACGAGAUUCCUGUGGCCAUCUCCGCUGCCCGGAACGCGUUUUUGGAGAACAAAACCCGUGACGUCGAGUUCCGCCUUGUGCAGCUGCGCAAGCUCUACUGGGCUAUCAAGGACAAUGAGGAGCUCAUCUUCGAGGCCUGCGAGAAGGACUUGAACAAGCCUCGGUUCGAGACAAAUCUCGCCGAGAGUGGAUGGCUCCUGAACGACAUUGUGUUCACCACGCGCAACCUGCACAAAUGGGCUGCCGACGAAAAGGCCGAUGACAUCGAUCUUGCCUUCAAAUUCAUGAACCCGAAGAUCCGAAAGGAUCCCCUCGGAUGUGUGCUGGUUAUUGGUGCUUUCAACUUCCCCUUCCAGUUGACCAUGGGCCCGGUCAUCGGUGCCAUCGCCGCCGGUAACACGGUCGUGAUCAAGCCCAGUGAAAGUGCUUCGCGCAGCGCAGCGGUCAUGCAAAAGAUCGUCGAGGAGAGCCUCGACCCUUCAUGCUACAAGAUUGUCCAGGGUGGUAUUCCCGAGACCCAGGCCCUGCUCGCCGAACGGUGGGACAAGAUUUUCUUCACGGGUAGUGCCACUGUUGGACGGAUCGUCGCCAAGGCUGCCGCGCCGCAUCUGACCCCUGUUGUUCUCGAGCUUGGUGGUAUUAACCCGGCCAUCGUGACCAAGAAUGCCGACCCCAGACUUGUCGCUCGUCGCAUGCUUUGGGGUAAGACCCUGAACGCUGGUCAGCUCUGCACUUCGCAGAACUACCUCCUGGUCGACAAGCCGCUUGUUCCCCAGGUCGUGGAGGAGUUCAAGGCCGCAUACCAGGAGUUCUACCCCGACGGUGCCAGACAGUCGCCUGAUUACUCUCGCAUCAUUAACCCUGGUGCUUUCGCCCGCCUCAAGUCCAUGCUCGAUAACACCAAGGGUGAGAUCGUCAUGGGUGGCACCGUCGAUGAGAAGGAGCUGUUCAUCGACCCCACUGUUGUCCUGGUCGACUCCAUCGAGGACUCCCUGUGCACCCAGGAGAGCUUCGGUCCCUUCAUCCCAAUUCUGGCUGUUGAGAACCUGGACGAGGCCAUCCGCCUCGCUAACGGUGUGCAGAGCACCCCACUGGGUCUCUACCCCUUCGGCAACAAGGCCGAAGUCGACAAGAUCAUCUCUUCCACCCGCUCCGGUGGUGUCUCCGUCAACGAUGCUGCUCUGCACAUCCCCACUCUGCCCUUCGGUGGUGUCGGCGAGAGUGGCUACGGUGCCUACCGUGGCCGCUCCAGCUUCGACGUCUGGGUGCACCGUCGCCCAGUCACCUCCACCCCUAGCUGGCUCGAGUCGAUCCUGUCUAUUCGCUACCCCCCGUAUGCCGGCAAGAUCAGCACCUGGAACGCGGCCAGCGCGCUCCAGCCCGACUUCGACCGCAGUGGCAACAAGCUCACUCUCGGCUGGUUGCGCUAUGUCACCACUCUGGGUGGUGGCACUGCGGCUUCCGGUGCCGGUCGAGCUGCUACCGUUGCUGCCAGUGAGUAA